AUGGAUGCCACUAAGCUCGCAAUUCUUGGCUUCACUAUGCUCUUAUUGAUCAUUGGAGCGUCUAGCGCCACGAGAGUAAAUAGGUAUUCCAGCACUGGUGUCGAAGUUGGAAGCGGAGGUGGUGGUGGAGGAGGAGGUGGUGGUAGCUCAGAAAAUGGUGGCGGGUGGGGAUCUGGUUCUGGGGCAGGACAUGGAGAGGCUAGAGCUUAUGGGCCUUCUAGUGGAGCAUAUGCUAGUGCAACUGGUGGAGGAGGCGGUGGUGGGUCAAGCAAUGGUAAUGGUUGGGGAUCAGGUUCAGGUUUUGGGUCUGGCUAUGGGGAGUCUGUGGCAUCUGGGCCUUCUAGCGGGCAAUAUGCUAGUGGAGGUGGAAAGGGUGGGGGCGGUGGCGGAGGGCGGAAUGGAGGAUUUGGUUAUUGUUUGGGGUCUGGUUCUGGAAAUAGUGAAGGGAAGAAAUACAAACCUUAUGAUGGAGGGUAUUCUAUGGGAAGCGGUGGUGGCAAAGGUGGGGGUGGUGGGACAAACAGAGAAUCAGGGUAUGGUGCAGGGUCUGGCUCGGGUUAUGGUGAAACUAUUGGCUUUGGUGGUGCAUCAUUUGCACACGGUGGUGGUGGUGGCAAAGGCGGAGGUGGUGGACAACAUGAUGGGUUUGGUUCUAGUUCUGGUUUGGGCUCUAGGUAUGGUGAAUCUAGGGGUUAUAGCCCUUAUGAUGGAAACUAUGCCAUGGGGGAGAGGAGGAGGUGGAGGGGAAGGUGGCGGACAAAAUGGAUAUGGAGAUGGCUAUGGAUCUGGGGUGAGGCUGGUAAUCAAUACGGUGAUGAGUAUGCGAAGAGUAAAGGUGACGGUGGAGGUGCCGGUGAUAGCGCUAGAGGUGGAUAUGGUGAAGGUUUAGGUCAUGGAUCGGGAUAUGGAGACACCGGUCCUCAACAGCCAUGA